UGUGAGACCUGAUUUGCUAGUGUGAAGGUUGUUUGAACCAAAUUGCAACAAUUUCUUCUUUUAAAUUUUAUACUUUAUUUAAACUUUUUUGUUUAGUGUUUUUGGGAUUACGUUCCAUUCUUCAGACUAAUCUGCAGCCUGAAAGAGACCUGAGUGACUAAAGCAGUGUGCUUGGGUACUACUGGGACCAUGAGGACACCCUGGUUUUUAGUGCUGGUGUUUCUGAGCUUACAAGCCCUCGCCUGGGCCAAGAAGGGUCUGGAGUUCCCCCGCUAUGAUGGCAAGGACCGAGUGCUGGACAUCGACAGCAAGAACUACCGUAAAGCGCUCAAGAGUUAUCAAAUGCUCUGUCUGUUCUACCAUGCACCGCCACCGGCCAGCAAAGAGCUGCAGAAACAGUUUCAAAUGACUGAACUUGUACUAGAGGUGGCAGCUCAGGUUUUACAGGAGAAGAACAUUGGGUUUGGAAUGGUUGACUCUGACAAGGAUGCCAAGGUUGCUAAGAAACUAGGUCUACAAGAAGAGGGAAGUGUGUAUGUUUUUAAGGAUGACCGAGUGAUUGAAUAUGAUGGAAUGCUUUCUGCAGACGUUCUUGUAGAAUUCCUGCUGGAUCUGUUGGAGGAUCCAGUUGAGAUCAUUGAUAAUGCUCUAGAGCUGCAGGCUUUCGACCGUAUGGAGGAGGACAUUAGACUCAUCGGCUACUUUAAGAGUCCGGAGUCUGAGCAUUUUUUGGAUUUUCAUGAGGCAGCUGAGCAGUUCCAUCCUUUUAUCAAAUUUUUCGCCACAUUUGAUAAAACAGUUGCUAAAGAACUGACUCUGAAAAUGAAUGAAGUAGACUUUUAUGAACCAUUCAUGGAGGAACCAGUCACUAUUCCAGACAAACCCAAUACUGAAGAAGAACUUGUGGCUUUUAUCACAGAGCACCGGAGACCAACUCUGAAAAAAAUGAGGGCCGAGGACAUGUUUGAAACUUGGGAAGAUGACAUGAAUGGCAUUCACAUUGUUGCCUUUGCAGAACAGGAGGACCCAGACGGUUUUGAGUUUGUAGAGAUUCUUAAAGAUGUUGCCAGGGAGAACACUGAGAACCCAAACCUAAGUAUUUUGUGGAUUGAUCCUGAUGACUUCCCUCUGCUGAUUCCCUACUGGGAGAAGACCUUUAAGGUUGACCUCUUCAGACCACAGAUUGGAAUAAUCAAUGUCACAGAUGCUGACAGUGUGUGGAUGGUAAUGGACGAUGAUGAGGAAUUGCCCUCUGCUGAGGAGCUUGAGAGCUGGAUAGAGGAUGUGCUUUCUGGAAAGGUUAACACUGAAGAUGAUGAUGAUGACGAUGAUGAUGAUGAUGAUGACGACGAUGAUGAUGACGAUGAUGACGAUGAUGAUGACGACGACGAUGAUGACGAUGAUGAUGAUGACGACGAUGAUGAUGACGAUGAUGAUGAAUGAACUAUAAACUCUGAGAAUUCUGUGGAAACCAAAACUUGACAAGCUUUUAUUAGAUUGCUCAGGGCAGCUACAACAUUAACAGUGAAAUAAUGUAGCACAUUUUUGUGCAUCACCUUUACUAAUGGCGUAUUAUCACCAUUAUCUUAAAGGGCUUGUUGUUAAACUACUGAUACAUUUUAUUAUAUAUUUGUAAUAUAUAAUGACAAUUAUUUUGGUUAUACAGUAGAUUCUGAAAGUAUUCAGGCUCCUUGACUUUUGUUGUGUUGUAGAUUGAUUUUGAUUGAAUAUAAUUGCUUAAUAUAAAUCCUUUUUACCCAUCAUCACCAGAUAAUCUUUUCUUUAUGUUGCUUUAUGCUGCUUAGCAAACUCCAAAACGGCUGCCUUUUACUCAGUAGUAGUCACUGUUGCCAAUCUAUCAUAAAGGCUUGAUUUAUUAAAUACUGCAGAGAUUCCAACAAAGUGACCACUGGGUUCUUCCUUAGCUCUCUGAUCAAGGCCUUCUUUGCCUGAAUAUCCAAUUUGGCCAGACAGACAGUUUGAAGAAGGUUUUAGAUUGUGCCAUUUGGAGUGGGUCUGGAUACUUGUGAAUAAAAGGUUUCAGAUGAUUAUUUAUUCAUUUUUGGGGGAAAAAAAACAUUUUUCAUUAUUACUUUAUUAUUAUGGAUGAUUAAGUCUGAAUACUUUCUGAAUCCACUGUACAUGCACUUGCAAACAUUUUACAUUUCAAUAACAAUCUUCUCACUGUCUAAAAACUGUAACAAAUAUUUCAAAUAAAC